GUAGUCUGAAGUUGGUUGCAGUUUUUCCAUCUCACCCUGUAUAGGUAUUAAUAAAAAUACUCGAAGUCAGAUUCGAACUUUUUUUAAGAAUCCAGUAACAUUUUUUAGACUCCUACUCCAAAGCUCUGCUAAAAACUUUAAGCACGAUUGCCAGAUGUCUGGAUGUCUUAUGCAUUUUAUGAUUUUGAGAGUUGCCACCUAAUUUUGACAUUUUUGCUAGUUUUUCAUUUCAACACUUGCUGGCCAACACUUUUCUCUCAGAGCAAACUAAUUAUAAUUUUCUUUUUUACCAGUGUUUUUUACGAGAACAAAACCUCCCAUUUUAUUUCAAACAUAAAUGUCUACAGGAAUUUUAAAUUUUCAUACAUCCUUUUGGGUUACCAAGAAACCAUUGCAUGUUCUCUUAAACUUGGAUUUAUUAAUUCCAAUCUUAUUUUGUAUUUUGCUCCGAUUUCAAAAUCAUACUAACCAAAUUUUCAUAUGGCUGUACACGCUAAAACCAAGCCGUCUAAACAAUACCAAAUAUGCCGAUUUGGAGGUAUUGUUCUUUAAUCGAGCCGCCAAAGUUGGCAGUGAAGCUCUGAUGGAACUGCUGCAGCACAUGGCCGAUGAUAAUGAAAUGACGGUUCUAACUCAAGGUCCUUUAGACUUAUCCUCACGCACCCGCACACCUGAACAGCAACAGAUACAAGCCAAUUGGAUAGCUGAUCUGGAACCGGGUACUGUCUACAUAGAACAUUGUAAUUGGUUGAAUUUUACCCGUUUACAUGCACCCAAACCUAUUAUGAUCAAUAUGGUGCGUGAUCCCGUGGAACGUUUAAUUUCAUGGUACUUCUAUGUCCGCUCGGCAUACAAGAAUGCCAUUUACUAUAGCAAGCAUCCAAAUGCUCCAAUACAGUCGGAGGCAUGGUUUAAAAAAGAUUUCAACAAAUGCGUGCGCAGUGGUGAUCCAGAGUGUCAAUAUGUACCGAAUAGUAUAAUAGAUCCGGUUGGUAAUCACAAACGUCAAUCGUUAUUCUUUUGUGGUCAUGACGAGGUGUGCCUGCCCUUCGAUUCACCCAAGGCUAUACAAAUUGCCAAACGUAAUGUAGAACUCGAUUAUGCUGUUGUGGGCUCAUGGGAAGAUACCAAUAUUACGUUGACCGUAUUCGAACAUUAUAUACCCAGAUUCUUUAAGGGUGCCAAGGCUACUUUUGAGAGACACAACAAAGACGUGACCAAUCGCAAUCGUAAUAAUCGUAAACCCAAAAUCGACAAGGAUGUUAAGGAUCUCAUCCGUCAAAAUCUAACAAAUGAAUAUGAUUUUUAUCAUUUUUGUAAACAGCGGCUAUACAAACAAUAUUUGGCACUGAAACUUGACAGUGGAUUGAAUUGAAUUUUAAAAAUAUUUUUAUUAA